AUGUUUGGACAGUUAGGACAUGGAACUAAUAGUAAUGAAAUUCUCCCAAAACAGGUGGUGGAACUGAUGGGCUCGACCAUUACCCAGAUUGCGUGCGGCCGCCAACACUCGCUGGCCCUCGUGCCCUCGCGAGGGCGCGUCUACAGCUUCGGCACGGGCGGCUCGGGCCAGCUCGGGCUGCGCAAAACGAUCAGCGCGUCGACGCCACAGGUGGUUCUGGGGCCGUGGGUGUCGCCCAGCGGCGUGUCGCUGAUAGCCGCCCCUGAGGUGGUGGGGAAUAUCGUGAUUCAACGGAUAUUCGCCGGCGGCGAUCACUGUUUCGUGUCGGUGAUUCCCCAGCAGAGCACAGCGUCGCCCUACGACUGCCGCGACCUAUCGGAAGACACCCAAAUCCUGGUCAUCACUGAAUCCUACGCCGAAAGCCUCGCGCGCACUCCGUGCGAGGGCGCCGUUGAUCAAGACGUUUUGACGUUCCUCGAGACCUUCUUCAAGAGCUUGUCUUGCUUGAAUGGUUCUUUUUUGUUGGACAAUGGGGGGCACUAUUAUUGUACCAGCAAGCAUCACGGAGUGGAUUUGGAGAAGGCGGAGGCGGUGUUUUCUCUCAUAGGGAAAAUUGAGAACAAGAGUAUAAAGGAUGUGAUAUGGAACUGCAUAACGGAAGACCUCUUGCGCCAUCUGUCCCCCUCGCCCCCCGACGUCGAAACUCUCCGAGUCUACCUCACCAUCCCCCUCUACCACGAGUUCAACAACCCUAAGCGGCACUCGAGGCUGCAGAAGCCCUUCGCUAGCGCCGUGCUGGCCUUGAAGCAGCCCGCCGUCAGGGUGUUGAGCUCGUGGUGGGGCAGUACCGGUUGCGAGUACUUCGAGAGGCUGGUCAACGCGUUCAAGACGGUGGCAGGGUAUGUGCUCAGAGGGCAGAACGUGCCCGAGGGUAAGACAGCCUUUUAUGAUUCUAGUCUAGUAGCAGCGCUGGAUAUGCUGGCGCUUCUAAAUAAAAUUAAUCACUCUGUAGAAGGUCUGAAAGUGCCUUAUGAUACUUUUCACAUCAGUGAUAUUUCCGAGUGCCUAGAUAUCAGAGUGGACUACGUUAGAUGGCUCUCAGAUCAAGGAUCUGGCAAACUAUUUCUAUGCAACUAUCCUUUUGUAUUCGAUGCAAACGCAAAGGUUCAACUACUAGAAACAGAUCAAGCUAUCCAGAUGCACAAAGCUAUGACGGAAGCUGCCCAACAGGCUGUACUUGCGAUGAUGUUCUCCCCUCAAAGCUUGAACUCGAUAAACAGCUUUUUGAUGUUGACUGUCUCCAGAGAUCACAUUGUUGAAGACGCUCUUAGGGAAUUGGGCGAAGUUCAUCCGAAUGACCUGAAGAAACCUUUGAAGGCCGAAGAUGCUGGUGGUGUCACGAAAGAAUUCUUCCUGUUACUGUUGCGGGAAAUCUUGGAUCCCAAAUAUGGCAUGUUCAGAGAAUAUGAAGAAACUAGGGCGAUAUGGUUCUCGGAGAGUAGCUUCGAAGAUAAUUCUGUCUAUUUUCUUAUAGGUAUGAUCCUCGGAUUGGCGAUAUACAACUUCACCAUAAUCGACAUACCUUUUCCGCUGGUGCUCUACAAGAAAUUGCUUAACGAGCCCAUCGGCCUCAACGACCUCAGAGGCCUAUCGCCCGUCAUGGCCAACUCGUUGCAAAGCCUGCUGGAUUACGAAGGGGACGACAUGGAGGACGUUUUCGCGCUCAGCUUCGACGUGAGCCGUAACGCUUUCGGGGAGGCUGUGACAGUUCCGCUGAAGCCGAACGGAUCGAAUAUUGCUGUCACGCAAGAGAACAAGUGA